UUUCUCUUUGUAAAAACUAUAACAUUUUGUAAUGUGCAAUAAAGAAGGCGGUUCUCAAUCUGGAUCUUGUGGUUGCCCCAAUCCCUCUUGUAGGCCACCAACCCAGCGGCCAACAUGUCGACCCCCGCCGUCGCUCUUCUCGAAGCUCAACUGUACUGCCUGUAAUCGAUUGUUCUUCUUUAUUGUGGGUUACGGUAUCGCUUACUACUAUGACAAGAUAAAGGAAGAGGCGCGAAAGGCACAGGAGGAAGCCAACAAGGAUCCGAAGCAGAAAGAGAAAGAGCGCAAGGAGAAGGAAAAACGGGAUAAGGAAGAAAAGGAUAAACGCGAGAAGGAAAAGAAGGAGCAAGAGAAGAAAGAUAAAGAGCGUUUAGCCAAAGAACAGAAAGAGAAGGAGAAGAAGGAGAAAGAAGAUAAGAAUAAGGCAAAGAAGUAAAAAUUCUUCGUAUUUGAAAGUGGCAAACAGAGAAGUUUGAUGCAUCUCCAAAUGUGUAAUUUUCAAUAGUACCAAAUUGAAGACGUGAAUAAAAAAAAAAGUCCAGACAACAGCAAAUUUCUUGGCAAUGAGAACUUUAUAAUUCUCUAAAAGGUCAAUUGCAAUAAUCCAAAAUUGAAG